AUGGAGGUGAUGCAGCCAGCGCACAGAGGAGUGGGCUGGUUGAGAGUCAGCAUGAAGCCUCCACUCCCCUAUUCCCGCCUCCCCACAAAGCUCUGCCAGCUGCACAGAGACCUGAGGCUUGCGGGAGGUGGUUCGCAAAGUGGCCCCGGGAGCCGGGGCUGGUACCCGGUUCCCCACGGCACCGUCCGGACCUCUCCAGCCAGGAGGCGCAGAAGUGGCCAGCCAGGGCCGUCCCAGGCUCAGGGAGGCGAGGAGGCCGGUGCACUUGGCAUCUUCUCCCUGGAGCGGUGGCACCGCCAGGCCCGCGGCGACACGGAGCCCCUCUCAAGUGCGCCGCGCCUGGCCGCGUCCUGUCGCCCCGCGAGGCUGAGGAUGGAGAGGGGAGACGCCGGGAGAAGAGGGACGCGGGGUUGGACCCAAGAGGCCGCUCAGUUCCCGGUCUGGCGGCGGCGCCGACUCGGGUUCGUGCGUUCCACACGUUUCCCGUCUGCCUCUGCACACCACAAACACGGCAUCCAGGCCACGCCGCCUUCCCCCUUCGCUGGGGCGCGGGGGAUGCUUCCUUCCGGCUGCCAGGGGGGUUUCUGGGUGAAGAAAAAGCCCCUCCCCUCGCAUCUCCCCCACCCCUCCCUCCGAGAACCCGCGCCGACUGCGCCUGCUUCCCCUGAGCUAGCGACUUCUCCGCGGGGUUUGCCCUUGCUCAAAGUUUGCACAAUUGAGAGCCCUCAGAGCUCGGCCGCUCCCCACUUCCCCGAGGGCGGCGAGGCCGGUCAUUGGCAGACGAUCGGUUACUACCUAGUAGGGGCCCAAGGGAACCCGCAUCCGGAGUCGGGGGUGUCACGCCACGCCGGUUCAGCGGCUCGCGGAGAGUGUCCGGGUGCACUUCUGCCAAAGAUGUUCCCUGGAGGCACCGGACGCGCGGGACUCGGGGGAGAGGCCGCUCCCUGCCCGCUGUCACCCGCGCCCAGGCCGCCGGCCCCUUCCCCGAUGCCCAGACGGUUGUCAGACAGCCGCGGGGGCUGGUCGGGAAGGAGCCCGCGGCCUCCGGGCCCACACCCCGAUACACAUCUAGCCCAGGCCCGAGCCAUCCGUUUGCAUCCCGCGGCGAGUCUGUGUCGGUGCUUAAACUUCGGACGUUUGGUGAAUUGUGCUGCGGGCGCAGCGCCCUGGGAGGCAGCCCCCUCCUGGGUCGCUGUCCGCGGGAUAAAGCAAUUUCCAGGCACCCCCGAUAUCUCCCCGCUCCCCAAAGGAGAAGCGGGGAGUAAAUACCCGUCAAGUGUGCACAAGCAAAGAGCGGGUUUCCCUCUAGUGAAAGAUAAACUUGGAAAUGCAGGUUUCUCCAGCGGUUGGUGGCGGGAACACGGGUCGCCUAGGGAACUUGCAGGGGCCGCGGCUUCCGUUGUGCUCGUCUGGAGGCUGCACUGUUUCUGGAACUUUUCUAGAAUGGCAAAAAAGAUCUCAACGCCGCCGGUCGCCAUUGCCCCGGGGACACUCAACGGAGACAAGGCCUCGGCCCGCAGCAGCCCCACGCUCCCAGAGAGAGACCUCGUCCCCAGGCCAGAUUCGCCGGCACAGCAGUUAAAGUCGCCUUUCCAGCCGCUCUCUGGCCCCGCAGGAGGGAACGCCGCGGAUCCUAGCAGCCCUCCCGUCCGCCUGAUUAAGGGUCUUCUUUUACUUUUGCGGGGAGGGGGGAGGGGGGAGGAGUUGGGGAGGGAGGGAAUGUGGGAGGAAUUAAGACAAAUAUUUCAGACUGGUGUAAAGGACAAAUAUGACAACGACGUCAAGGACUCCCAUCCAUCGCUUUCUGCAGACAGGGGCUUGUUCGGUCCCGAGCUCGCGUCCAGGCGGCCAGGCCUCUGCAGGCGGCUGCGGUGGCUGCGAUUAUCGGAUGCGCGCACCGCGGGAGUCCAGAGGAAACUGCCCCUAGAUGGCCGCAGUGGGGAGGCAGCUGGGAGCAGCGACGUUGGGAAACACUGGCCUCGGGCGCGCGCGGGUGGGGAAUGGCCUGGGAGCCUGGACAUCGCUGCGGAUCCGGGGACACCAGCAUCAGUGGGUUCGGAGCGGGACACGCGCCAAGCGCGGCAGCCGGCACUUGCAGGAGGCUCUUCGGACCAGGCGCAGGGGCCUUCAGGGCGCAGGCGACUCUGUGUUGAAUGCGUGAAAACUGAGCAAGCAAACGUUUCCAAAACUGCCAGCGAGGAUGUGGGCUGCUGGGAAAAGCAGUCUAGUGGGGACAGGGCCGAGUCCGAGGUCAGAGGGACCAUCCUUCGCUCGCACCCCCAGCCUGUGACCCGCCCUUCCCUGCCAGCUCGAGACCCGCUGGCGCCACACCGCAAGAACCCCUACCCCACCAAGGGCGAGAAGAUCAUGCUGGCCAUCAUCACCAAGAUGACCCUCACGCAGGUCUCCACCUGGUUCGCCAACGCGCGCCGGCGCCUCAAGAAGGAGAACAAGGUGACAUGGGGAGCGCGCAGCAAGGACCAGGAAGAUGGAGCUCUCUUCGGCAGCGACACCGAGGGCGACCCGGAGAAGGCCGAGGACGACGAGGAGAUCGACCUGGAAAGCAUCGACAUCGACAAGAUCGACGAGCACGAUGGAGACCAGAGCAACGAGGACGACGAGGACAAGGCCGAGGCUCCGCACGCACCCGCAGCCCCUUCUGCUCUUGCUCGGGACCAAGGCUCGCCGCUGGCAGUAGCCGACGUUCUCAAGCCCCAGGACUCGCCCUUGGGCCUGGCCAAGGAGGCCCCAGAGCCCGGCAGCACCCAUGGGAGCCAUCUAGGUGUGCAGGGUCCCAUGGAAGCACCCCACGUGCCUGGUGCUUCAGCUCCUGAAAAAUCUGGAGUGGACGUAGAAAAUCCACAAUAUCCUUUGCUUCUGAAAGCAAAGCGCUGUUAG